GUACCGUUGACACGGCUGUCAACUUGCUCAGUCGUGAGCCUCACCCACAACGGCAACAACGUUGCAGCCAACACUGUCAUUGCGCCAAAUGACACUGUCAUAAGCGAGAAUGCGAGGUAAUUUCUAUAAAAGUAAAUGAGAAUGACACGGCAUCAAUCAGUCAAUUUGUAAGAGUGCGCGCGCACGACGGCGAUAAAUUCAUUAACCUGUUUAUGACGAAAACGCAAAAACGUUUAUCUAACCAUAAAUAAGGCAAUAAGUUAUCGAACGAGCGCGAACAAGAACGAGCGGCUGUGAAGUAGAGAAAAUAAAUAACAAUGAAAUGGCUGACGGUGGCGAACUUGCAACCGCCGAUUACACUGAUCUCCUUGCUGGUCGUCGUGUCCGGCGUCAAAGCGAACAAACCUACACAGCCUACUGAGCGGAAGUAUUGCAACAGUACUGCAACAGCCCACAUGUGGGGCGAUGUCGAUCCGAACAUAUUCUACAUCUGCGAUGAGGCGACCAACGCCACGCGUCAAAUGCGCUGUCCGACGGGACGUGGCUUCUUUCGUGGGCGCGGUUAUUCCGGUUGCAUACCGUACGCCGACUGGCCGGCCUGUCUCGACCCCCACAGUCUGCCCGAAAGCCAAAACAGUAGCAGUAGCGACGGCCAACGCAGUAAUGCCACUGUGGAGCUGUGCAAGGACGAAAUGCAUCUGCAGCAGACCUGGGCGGCUAUGGACCCGAAUAAAUUUUACAUGUGCCAAAACGAGCACUCCGCACCAUUGCUACUGAACUGUGAGGCGGGCAAAGGUUAUGUCAGCGCCUGGACUGGCGAGAGUGGUGGCAUUCAUAGCGGUGAAGGCACGCACAUUGUGGGCUGCGCCGCAUGGGAGAAGUGGCGCAUGUACAUGCAUUGUACGGACUUCUAUUGAGAUCUCCGCUAAUUGAGGUUAAAAAAAAUUAAA